UUGGAAGCUACAGCCACCAAAGACAGAAAGGAGACAAAGCAGUGCCAGAACAUACCAAGUCCAGUUUAAGCCAGCCUCAGCCUGCCAGGUCGCGGAGUGACGGCGCCCCUGCAACAAGCGGCGUCAGAAAUGCCAAGCGGGCCCCCGCCAGCACUCAGCCGCAAGUCCCACCCAGACGCCCGCCCCCUCCGCGAUUCCGCCAGCAGGAGCAGGAGCAGCUGCUGAAGCGAGGCCAGCCUCUUCCCGUCUCCUCCGCCGCCACACUGGGAACCCGAGCGCCUUUCGCCUCCCACCCAGCAGGGGGCGCUCAGCCUGCCGGCGAGGGGCCUCUCCAGAGGACCCAGCUCCCAGGCAUGCCUCCCAUACGGGAUUUGGUCAGCCAGUCUCCUAACCAGACAGAUCUGAAUGAGAGUAGUCUAAUUUCUCAUUAUGAAAAUUCGCAUUGGAAUUCUGGUUCGUCUGGCAGUGACUCCAACUCCACUUGGGACAAAGUUGUUGUAGACGGCUGCAGCAGGGAAAUCUGGCCUACAGCCGGUACUGAGCCAGAGUUAGCCCCAGAAUGUAUGGACACUGACGCUGCCUCAAGCUCUGGGUCUGAGAGAAACUUCAGUAUAAUGGCUUCUGGGAACGGUAGUGGCGACAGCAAUGGAAAUAGACAAGGCAACAGACAUGGUUCUCAGUUUAUGGUUGCAAAUGGCAGCAAUAAUAUGGACAGUGGGAGUAUUAAGGGACCAUGGGGGAUGUCCCAUGGGUCAAUGCCAAGCACAUGUCAGAGCCCAGGGGAAGCCCCCAAUGGCAAAUUAACCGAAAGUAGCCAUGGUAAAUUAAAUGCAUGGGGUACCCUAGGUUCCUCAACCAAUGGAGGUAUAAAUCCAAGCACUUUGAACCCAAAUGCCAACCAUGGUGCCUGGCCUGUUUUGGAAAACAGUGGGCAUAAUCAACAUGGGCCUGUGGGAAAUGGGAAUAGUGGCACCAGUAUUCAACGUAGCACCAUAGGUCAAACGCCCAGCAGUCAGAGUAACUCUAAGAUGGGCUUAUCUGCCCAUACGUCCUGGGGGAGCCUCCAGGACAACAACGCAGAAUUUGACAUCAAUGGUACAAGUAAGGUUUCGUUUAACGGGCAACCUCAAAACCUGAACACUGAUUUGAAUGGACCAAAUAACACUACUAACAUGAUGACCUCUAGUUUACCAAACUCUACUGGUUCGAUGCAGAUUAAUGAGCUGCCCGUAGGGCAACAAGCCUGGCAGGUGAGCUCAGGAAGCUCAUCUCAGCUCCAAGCCUCAGCAGUUUCUAAUGGCACUUCAAUUUCUCAGCAUGGCAACAGCGAGGGAAUAAACAGCGAGUCUUACGGUAAAGCAUGGGGACCUCCAAGAGAUGCCAGUUACUCCGGAGACAAAUGCCCUGUCCCUAAAGGCCAUGCUGUGGGUGACACUGUGAACGCAACUCUAAUGCAGUCUGGAGUGAAUGGAUCCACUGCAAGCGCUGCUGCUUUUAAUAAUAGUGUAAGGGGGGGACGCGUUGGAGGUUGGGACUCUGGGCCCACGGCCUCCCAAUCAAUAGCCUGGGGAGGAGGAAGUGGUGUUGGACCCACUGGGAUCCCUCGCCCCUGGGGCAGUGCAUCAUCCUCCUCGUCGUCAUCAUCCUCUUCAUCUUCGAACACUGGCACUAAGGUCUCCAACGGUGAAUGGAACUCUCUGCCUGGCAACAAUCAGCAUUCCAAUGAUGGCAUGAAUGGGAACAGGAAGGGAACAAAUGGAUGGAUGUCAAUGGAAGAAGAUGCUUUAGGUGAGGGGGGUGCUAGGCAAGUCACCCAAAUCAGCAGUCAGGGUGGCACCUGGGCCAAGUCGACUGGCAGUGAAGGUAGUGGCGAAAGCACUGGCAGUCAAGGCGAAAGGGAUACACAGCGAAGCACUGGCCGCAGGAAGCCCACCUCCCAAGGGGUGGUGCAGACUGUGCUCCCCAGGGCCGAUUUAGACCCUCGUGUUCUGUCCAACAGUGGCUGGGGCCAGACACCGGUACGGCAGAACACCACAUGGGACAAAGUGAUAUCUUCCAACUCUGACAAAAAGACUGAUAAUGGGACAGAGGCCUGGGGCAGCUUUGGCUCCCGGGCUCCUAAUUCUGGAGGAUGGGGGGAUGGGCCGGGCAGCAAAAAUGAGGCUUCAUCAGUAACUGGUUGCACAGAGCCAAAACCUGCCUCGGGGUGGAGCAACGCCAAAGGCCAAGAUGGUUGGGAGGACGAUUCCAUAGCUGGAGUUGGCAAGGGCAAUCCAUCAUGGGGGAGCAGCAAAGACAAAUCCUCUACUUGGAACGAUGCACAAAAGGGCAAGCAGGGAUUGAUUGAAAGACAGAAAUCCAACCAAGGGUGGGGUGGUCCUCCUAGUGCUGAUGGAUGGGGAGAAGGUUCACGUGGAAAUCAGUGGGGUGAACCAGUCAAAUCAGGCUCUGGUGGUUGCGAUAGUGAUAGUGACCGUUCAGGGUCAGGUUGGAGUGAUCAAGGUAGGAAUGGCCCAAGCAACACUUGGGGAAGCAGUGCCGGAGGAAAUGUCCUCAACAACAAUGUUCCAUCUGGGUGGGGAGAGCCAACCAAGCCAAAUCAUCAUAAGCAGGGCUGGGGAGACCCCAGCAAAACCAGCAAUCCGAGCCAGGGCUGGGGAGACCCCAGCAAAACCAGCAAUCCGAGCCAGGGCUGGGGAGAGCCCAUGAAACCCAGCCACUCUGCUCCUGAUUGGAAUGAUGGCACAAAAUCCUCCAAGUCCUCAGACUGGAACAAGCCACAAGACACCCCCGCGGGGCAGACUUGGGGGAGCGGCUCUUCACAACCUGGGACCUCUGCCGCAAACAAGCCCUCGGGUUGGCUUGGUGGGCCAAUCCCUGCUACCAGAAAUGAUAAUGAAUCUACAGGCUGGGAGGAACCCUCUCCUGAAUCUAUCAGACGUAAAAUGGAGAUUGAUGAUGGUACUUCAGCCUGGGGGGAUCCCAAUAACUAUAAGUAUAAUAGUGUGAACAUGUGGAAUAAGAACAGUGCAAGUGAGCUGGAGGGACCUGUGGCACAGCAGCAAUCUCAUCCACCCAAACCGACACUUCAACCACCCUCAAGUUCAAUGCCCAGCAAGGAUAAAACUAGUGGGUGGGGAGAGCCUUGUGGGUCAGCCCAGAAGUCCGAGUCCUCUUGGGGGGAACCGUCAGGCCCUCCAGUAUCUGUUGACAAUGGUACUUCAGCCUGGGGGAAACCCAUGGACACGGGGACAAGCUGGGAAGAACCAGGCAGGCAGAAUACAGGCACAAGUGGCUGGGGAAGCACAGCAGUGGGGCACCAGCAACAGCACAACACUGGACCCAAACCUGUGCAAAGCAACUGGUGUGGUGAAGAAAUGCCUUUGGCCGAUGCACACCAUCCCAGCUGGGAGGAAGAGGAGGAGGUUGAGAUUGGGAUGUGGAAUAACACCCCUUCCCAGGAAGUGAACCAAACUGGGAACUGGCCUUAUGUGAAGAAGCCAUCAAAAGUUAACAAGGGAGUCAACAAGCAAGAUGAUGCAUGGAUGAAUCAGUUUGUCAAGCAGUUCAACAACAUGAACUUCUCUAGGGAAUCUUCUGAAGAAAUCUUAAAGAGCAAUAAAAUGGAAAUAUCCGGAGGGAUGUUGGCAGACAAGCGUAUGGAUGUGGACAAGCAUGUUCUGAAUAUGGAUUACAACGGUGUGAUUGGAAAGAGUCCCGGACAACGGCAUCACAUCUCCAAAGAGUCUUCCAUGGACCGAAGUCCCUAUUUUGAUAAGAAUGUUAACCCAGUGUUCAAUGGCAGUAAUGCAGCAUCAGCACAAGCCAGGAGCUCACAGCAGCCUCCAGCACAACCUCUCAACUCAUCUCAGCCUAACCUCCGCUCUCAAGUGCCUCCUCCAUUGCUUUCCCCUCAGGUUCCAGCAUCUUUGAAAUAUCCCCCGAACAACGGAGGUCUCAAUCCUCUGGCUUUUGGUCCACAGCAGGUUGCCAUGUUGAACCAGCUGUCCCAAUUAAACCAGCUCUCCCAGUUGCAGCGUCUCCUCCUGCAGCAGCAGAAGGUCCAGAACCAGAGGAACAUGCCCCUCAAUGGCCGCCAUCCACAUGACCAGCCGGGCCGACCACUGGGCUCCAUGCAACAGAUGAUGCAGCCGCCUCGCCUCCUCGAUCCUUCCAUGCUGAAGCAGCAGGCCUCCCCGCAGCCGCCUGUUCUGCCUCAGUCAGGCCUCAAGUCUUACCUAGAGAACCUCAUGCCCCAAAACAUCCCAGACCUGCAGAAAGAGCAGAGCGGCCUUGGCUCAUUCGGCAGCUUCCCUUUAGGUGGGUUUCUCCCCCAUCCUAACUCGGGCCAGGCUGUGAAGCCUCCCACCAUGGCUGCUGCGGACAUGCCAGCCAGUAAUCACGGUCAUAGCCUCCUUAUUCCCCCCGUGAGCGAUGGCCGUGCCGCACCGGGCUCGCCUGUACACCCUCAGUCAGGGAGGACGUUCCCAAGCCAUGAAACAGACACUGCAAGAGGCUUAAACUCAAACUUGAAUGUAAACAAUCUGGAUAUUGUCAGUAUUAAUUACAAAGAGCCACAGUCCCGGCUAAAGAAAUGGACUGCCUUGGAUAUUCCCCUCAACUCACCUCUAGAUCAGAACUCCAGCAAACCCGGUGCUAUUUCUUCUGGGCUGAGGCUCGAAGACUCCCCCUUCAGUCCAUACGACUUCAUGAACCCCAGUGACUCCCCUGUCAGCCCCCACGGGCCUGUGGGUGAUGGUUGGCCCAGCCGUGCCAAAUCGCCUCAUGGCUCCAACAACGUGAACUGGCCCCCAGAAUUUCGGCCUGGUGAGCCUUGGAAAGGAUACCCGAACAUUGACCCAGAAACUGACCCGUACGUGACCCCUGGCAGUGUGAUUAAUAACCUGUCUAUCAAUACUGUCCGGGAUGUUGAUCACCUCAGGGACAGAAAUAAUGGGUCAACCUCAUCUCUGAACACCUCGCUGCCUUCAACUAGUGCCUGGUCCAUUCGUGCCUCCAACUACAGUGGUUCCCUCAACAGUACAGCACAAAGCACUUCAGCCAGAAAUAGUGACUCUAAAUACACAUGGUCUCCUGGUACAGUCACCAACACCUCCUUGGCUCAUGAGCUGUGGAAGGUUCCCCUGCCGCCGAAGGGACUCAGCGCUCCGUCCCGCCCGCCCCCUGGCCUGACGGGCCAGAAGCCCCCCCCAUCCUGGGACAGUUCAAUGAGGCUGGGAUGUUGGGGCGGCUCUGAUUCCAGAUUCACUCUUGGUUCCAGUUGGGGCGACAACAGCUCAGGGAGAACAACUAACUGGCUUGUUCUCAAAAAUCUCACACCUCAGAUUGACGGCUCCACCCUACGGACCCUGUGCUUGCAGCAUGGUCCACUGAUAACAUUCCACUUGAAUCUGCCCCACGGCAACGCUGUCGUCUGCUACAGUUCGAAGGAGGAGGCGGUCAAGGCACAGAAAUCUCUGCACAUGUGCGUUUUAGGGAACACUACUAUUCUCGCUGAGUUCGCUAGUGAAGAGGAAAUUAGCCGUUUCUUUGCACAAGGUCAGUCCAUGGCCCCCUCACCGAACUGGCAGGCCCUGGGCGCUUCUCAGAACCGGAUCGGAUCAGUGGAGAGUCCUCACCCUUUCCCCAACCGCAACGAGCCGAACCACUGGAACGGUGCUGGGCUGACAGGGGCUGGCGGGGGAGAGCCACACGGCACCUCCCUCUGGGGUGCCCCUAACUAUUCCACUAGCCUGUGGGGGACCUCCGGUGGUAGCGAGAGCCGGGGAAUCAGCAGCCCAUCCCCCAUCAGCUCCUUCCUCCCCGUCGACCACCUGACUGGAGGUGGGGAUACCAUGUAGACCAUCUAUCACCUUCUGACCUAGACUGACCUCAGUGUGGAAUAAUAAUAAUAAUAAUAAUAAUAAAUAAUAGUAGUAACAAACGGCACUAGUUUUACUCUUUCCCAGCUAUGAAAGAUGGGGUCACCCUGUUUUCCACUUUCUUUUAGCCCAAAACAUAUCAGUUUGAAUACUUGAAUCAUGCAAGGCCAAUAUUAUAAUGUGAAAGCAGAUAUUUACACUUCCAGGUAGUGCUACUUGUAUGGAAAAAGAUGUUUCAGAUGAGCUCAUUCGUUCAUCCAUAGUGUUUAUUUGAAUUCCAUAGUUAUAAUUUGCGUUCGUUUUUGCUGACAAUGUUGGAGUAUGAGCUUUUAACUUUGCACUGAAUGUCGUUUUUUCUCAGUAUAAUCUGCAAUAUCGAGGGAACCGGCAGUUCCAGUGUAGUUGUUUACUCAAGGAUGUUCUUAAGUGUGUGCUCUACUAUGCCUCGAUGUACGCCUACCUUAUUGUGGUAUUGUGGAGUUCAACAUCAACAUAUAGAUGCUGACUUAGGAUUAUUUGACAAUAUAAAAAAGUAUUGCACCAGUUGUCGUGUUUAAAACUAAAGAAUUUAGCUCUGCAGUGUAUAAAAGAAAAAGAAUAAAAUUUUAAAAAAUUGUAGCCACAGCUGUGACUUGCAAGCCUGACCUGCAAGUCAGGGGAACAGCACUUUCAAAUAGGCUUUCAGUUUUGUUUUGGGGAGGUCACACUGUGCCCUCUUGUUUACAGACUUUUUUUUUUUUCGAGGAAAAGUGUUUACUCCAUUUUAAAAUAAAAAAAUAUAUAUAAAAAUUACAAAAAAACAAAAAACAAAAAAAAAAACAAAAGUUGGAAAAAAGCAAAAAGAGAAAAAUGACAAAGCUUUCUAUCUCUGGGAAUACUGAUCAGUGUUUGGCCAUUUUUCUAUUCCUCUCGUCUGCUAGAUAACGAGCAUGGUUCUCAGGAAACUUCUCCAGAUCCCCCGCAUACAGACUCCUUGUAGAAAAAUCCAACUUUUAGCACUGAAACUACUUAUAGCUCUGUAAGUUUUUCUCUGCCAAAUAACUGCUUUAAGCUGGAGAUAUUCUACAUGUUGCUUUCGGAAAUGCUGUCUCUUAUUAGCGAGUGGAGGAGGUUGUUUUGCCGAAUCGCUAAAUUUCUAUCGUUCCUUCCCUUUAUUCCCAUUAUCGAGUGGCUCGAUGUUUUGCUCUUUGUGACUCUCGGACUUAAUUGUUGUACUUUACGAAAACGCCGAAAUCAGUAACUAUGCAUACUGUAACCAGAGACAUGGCUUACAGAAUCACCUUUUGUUUAUAAGAAAUGUUUUAAAUAUUUGAUUGCGAAUAUGUUAUUUGCAAGACUCUUUGCCACAAUGGUGUUUAAACAAAAAAAUAAAUCUUGUUUGUUCAUCAAGGUUGACAUUUUAACAGUGCAAAAGUCACCCACAUUUCAUUGCCUUGAUUCAAAUUGUCUGAAGAUGCAACACGUCAAGUGGCUUUUACCUGUUUACAGAUUGUGAUUGUAACGUGUACAGUUUGGUUAUUCACAUCUGAAGUUCCUCCACAGUAAUAAAUCCUGACAUAUUUUUGGCUGCUCAGUACAUGUUUGUUGUUGACGUUGUUGAGGUUGUUUCGUCGUCGUCGGUUUGUCUUUUAAAACGCAGAGCCUCUAAUUGGGGCUCUGGAAGGCUAGAAGAGUGGUGAAUGUAAUCUUUCUGGUAGUUUGCAAAUGUGCAGAAACAAUGUGCAUAUGUGUGUAUAUAUACAAACCAUAUUGAUUGUUUAGUUUCUACAAUGAUGCACAAUUUAAAAAAAAAAAAAAAAGCUUCAAAGACUUCAGCAUUAGGCUGUGCCACGGACCUUAAUUUAUAUAUAUAUUUUUUUUCCUUUAUCCAUAUUUGAAAAGCAUUUUACAGAACCUUGAGUAUUACCCUGAACAGUGGCAUGCCAGUAUAGAACCAUAAAGAACACGCUCUACCAAAUAUGAAUCGAUCAAAAGAUUCUCCAGCUCCAGAACUUGUUUCUUACUUUUAGCAAAUGUUAAGUGGAACAUAUAAACCAGGUUUAUUCUUAGAAUAUAUAUAUAUAUAUAAAACAAAAUGCUGAAAUGAAAACCCUUGGAUUUGCACUUGGUGUGUGUGUGUAUGUAUUUUUUUUUAUUUUUAUAUAUAUAUAAUAUAUAAAAAUAAAAAAUAGAUCAGACGGGCUGUAACUGGGUUGCAUGUAGUUCCUGAUCAGAUGGGAGCGAUGCUGGAGGUUUUUGGAUCGCCGGCUCCAUGUUGAUGGCUGUCGUUCAGUUUAUUCUGUACUCUGGUUUCUUAGCUGUGGUGGUGCUCAGUCCAGGUUUUCUCCAUGUCCACCAGCUCCAUUCCCUCGCAGUAGGAGCGAGGCCGGGAUGUCUUAGUCUGGAAGACACAAGCAGACACUGAUGCUCCGAGGCAUUAUAACUGCAUCUCUCUACUACUUGCACGACUCUAUGAAUACUCUCGCUUAGUGAUACUUUACAGGUAGCCUCAGUGUUUUCAUUUUUGGAGUUUACUUCCUGGUGUAGCGGCCAUUUCCCUCCUUGAGGUUAGGAUUCUUCUCCUUUGUGUCACAGAACUCCAGGCGUGACUCAGCCGCGCUGCUUUGCGGACAUAGGCGUGUACAUAUUUUCCCUGCUCCCAAGUGCUUAUGUGUUCAAUCGAAGUGAAUCAUGGGAUUGGGGCAUCCGGCUGCCCUCCCUCCCUCCCCUUCUCGCCUUCUGGUCCCGUCAGCUUUAUCGUUCACCUACGUAGAACUGUCUGAUGUUAGACGAUAUUGAUCUUGCGGGGGUCUCAUGCCAAAAUAGAGGAGUGGGCCGAAAGGGAUUGGUUCUUUCAUGAAAGCUGGACAAUGUUUAUGCUUGAAAUGAUCAUCUACAAAUAGCUACUGUGAGAAAAAUAAAACGAGCAAUGUACAAUCCCCAUCGCUGCUCUGCAGUUUUCUAUUGCCGGGCCUAAGUGAAGGAAAUUUCUGGCCUGGCAUAUUUACUAUUUUUUAAAAAUAUCCCCAUUUUAAAUGCUCCCUGCUGUUUCUCAUUAGGCUAGAGCAAUUUACCUUUUAACUACGAGCACUGCAGUCUUGUCGUUUUUACAAACCCUUAAAGCUUUGGUAAGAUUCGCACAAAACGGGCAGUCUGAACACCUGGGUACUUCGCGUGUAUCCGGCCCUCGAGUAAAGGCAGGCGUCUGUCACCUGGGGCUGUCCGCAUGCACUCGCACGUGCAUUUUAAACAAUCCUUUGUCGUGGCAGAGAAUUAAAACCACUUUUAAAAUGUGCCAUGUAUUUUGAAAUGUUGGCCAGUUGUAGCAUCUAGCUGUGAUUCACUGUACUCAAGUCCCCCUAUGGAUUUUGUUUAAUAAAUCAGAUGUCGGAAAGUUUGAAGUGCUCACUUAUAACUGUUAUGCACAUUGCUUUGGUACUGUUUAAACAAUGUAUAGAAAACAAUAAGUAUCUUAAAUGAAAAAGUGCUUUUUGAGACUUCCGAUGUCAUUUGAGAAUUUUUAUCAAGGGGAACUGCACUUUUUGAAGGACAAUCCUAAUUUGUAUUGAUAUAAAUUGACUAAGGUCUAAUACAAGGUAGAAACUGUCAAUUGUGUGAAUGUUUCCACUGAUGCAGUCAUUAACUAUUUUUUUAUUUUAUUUUUCCUCUUUGUUGCUUGCGUUCGGAUUUUAGUGCUGAUAUGUAAUGAAAAUGUAGGUUAGGUCUUUUGUUGAUUGUACUUUCAGACUGAUUACUGUUUGUAAAGUUGUGCUGAUCUCUGCAUCAGAAUUCGAAGCUGUUCAACUCUCGGGUAUAACCCACAAUAAAGUUCCAGCAGUGUGUA